AUGGCUUCAACAAAGUUUGCACAUCCAACACCAUUUCUGGUUACAACCUCGCCGCGACUUGAACCACCACCUUUAAGUUGCAAACAUAUUUAUCAGCAUCAUACCAAUACUCAUACUUCGAUACCUGCCAUGAGUAGUCUGUACGGAGUCAUCGAGAGGGCCAACAAAGCCAGCCUUCUCGAUGAGUAUGCAAGCCUGUGGAAGUUGUUCAUCGAAGGUAUCGACGAAGUUGUGGGAUAUGUCCGGGAGGAAGACUGCAUGAAGAUCCAGUGGGACGCUAAAUGGUUUCAUUGUGAAACGGUUAAUAAGAAAGGCGACGAAGUUCGGAGAAUUACCAUCGUAAGGAGUAACAACUACCUUGCUGUUGACGGGAUUUCCCACGUUCCCUCUCCUGCAGAAGCUUGCAAGAUCGCAUUUCAAAAGCUCUUAGCCGCCAACGCAGAUAAGUUCCCCGCCUUCAGUCUGUGGAAGGUGACAGAGGAAGCAGAUCAGGAGUAUUGCCCGAUUCACCUAGCUGAUCCAGGAGUCAACAUCUUGCCCUUGCGCAUUCCUUUGCCAUUACGAGGAGUCCUGGGGGUCUUAACGGUGGGCGUUCAUCUUAAUGUCUACAGAGUAAAGGAGGAAGAUGGCAAGGAAACCAUUGAUCAAAUUUGGGUCUCACAUCGCUCCAAAGACCCCAGCUACAGCUAUCCUGGGAUGCUAGAUCAGAUCGUAGCUGGAGGCGCAGAUACCAACGACACGAUAGAUGGACAGCUAGCUCCUUGCAAGACGCUGGCACGGGAGGCAAGAGAGGAGGCUGGGUUGACCAUAGACCACCAGACACGACAAGUAUUCUUUGAGGAAAUGGGGGGCGGUGAUGGGGAUAAUCAGAUGCGUAUCCACGUUGGGACCGUAGAGAGGGCUUCGUCCAUUACGUUCUUCGACCUCAAAGACGAGAGUGCGGGUGACUUCUACAACAAGCACCUCGAGCCCGGCCUGCGAUUCGCCUACGAUCUCAAGAUCACCAACCCAAGCUUUCGACCGAAGAAGAUGGAGAGCGCAAUCGAGAGAUUUGAGCCCAUGGGAGUACCUGAAGUGACGGAAAGCCUGAGCAGCAAUCGAUGGAAGCCUAACUGCGGACUGGUGAUGCUGGAUUUUAUGGUAAGACAUGGACUCAUCACCAAGCACGACGAAAGCCGAUUCGAGCGAAUCAAGAAGGACCUACGCCGACCGCUGUGCUUCGCUUUCCUGACGGAAUUACAAAGCAUCACUAAAGGGUGGUAG